AUGCGAUCGCAAAAUACGUUGAUUUUGAGAGCGAUUACGGGGUUAAAUGAAAUCGGAAAGGCUUUAUUAGGAACUGUUGCUGAGCAAGUCAUGCUUCUGGAGAAUAUAGGGACAUCUGUUCUUGUUUCUGGAAAUCAGCUCCCUGAACUUCAUGCAUUGAUGGUAGAGGCUGUCAGUAUACUGAACAUUGACGCGCCCGACUUAUAUUUGCGCCAAAGUCCUGUGCCUAAUGCAUAUACUUUGGCUAUCAGUGGGAAAAAGCCAUUUGUUGUCGUUCAUACAAGCUUAGUGGAGCUUUUGUCAAGAAAGGAACUGCAGGCUGUUUUGGCACAUGAAUUGGGUUAUCUGAAGUGUGACCACGGUUUAUGGCUCACGUAUGCUAAUAUUCUUACUCUUGGAGCAUAUUCUAUACCCGGCCUUGGCGGUUUGAUUGCUCAGCAAUUAGAAGAACAGCUCUUCCGCUGGCUUCGAGCAGCAGAACUUACUUGUGAUAGGGCCGCCCUUCUUGUUGCUCGGGACCCAAGGGUUGUCAUCUCCGUUCUGAUGAAAUUAGCUGGUGGCUGCCCCUCUAUGGCUGACCAAUUAAACGUGGAUGCCUUUUUGGAGCAAGCUCGAUCUUAUGAAAAGGCUUCUUCUAGCCCAGUUGGGUGGUAUAUAAGAAAUGCUCAAACGAGGCAACUUUCCCAUCCUCUCUCGGUUCUGCGUGCACGUGAGAUUGAUGAAUGGUCCAAAAGUCCAGAGUAUCAAUCUCUUCUAAAGCGUUUGAAGUGGGUCAACUCAGUGCAAAAUGUAUAACGUUGGAUUUUUGAACUAUUCCAGAGUCUUUUGUACAGAUUCUUGAAGCAAGAUUGAUAAACAUGGAGCUGCACGAAGUGUUACACUGUUACUCAAUUUGAGUAAUGUGGGUUUUAAGUUAAUAGAAUAGAAUAUUACAGGGGUUAUUACUCCAUAGAUACAGCAUACAGGUUGGGGUUCUCCCCAUGAGUUUGGAUCAAUUAUAGUGAAGAUAUUGAACAAUGUUA